CCUCGCUCCUAAAAAUCCGCAUCCCCAGCCGUUACCGUACACCCUACCACUGCUUUCACACACACUUUCCCUUCUCACCCUUCCACACUUCCCAUCCCGAUCCGCCACCACCAUCGCCGCAAAUGGGAAACUGCUGCAGAUCUCCGGCCGCCGUCGCCCGCGAGGACGUCAAAUCCAGCUUCUCCGACCACCACGCUAAGCGUGCUGCUGCUGGAGACUCCUCCGCCGCCGGAGGCAUCGGUGGGAAGAAGAAGCCUCCUCCGAUCACCGUCCUCACCGGCGUUCCCAAAGAGAACAUCGAGGACCGGUACCUGGUAGACCGCGAGCUCGGCCGUGGCGAGUUCGGAGUGACGUACCUCUGCAUCGACCGCGAGACGCGGGAGUUGCUCGCGUGCAAGAGCAUCUCGAAGCGGAAGCUCCGCACUGCCGUGGACGUUGAGGACGUCCGUCGCGAGGUGGCAAUCAUGCGCCACCUGCCGCGAAGCCCGUCCAUCGUGUCGCUCCGGGAGGCCUGCGAGGAUGACAAUGCAGUCCAUCUCGUCAUGGAACUCUGUGAGGGCGGUGAGCUCUUUGACCGAAUCGUUGCCAGGGGUCAUUAUACGGAGAGGGCGGCCGCAGCGGUUGCACGGACCAUCGUGGAGGUAGUGCAGCUUUGCCACAAGCACGGGGUGAUCCACAGGGACCUCAAGCCAGAGAAUUUCUUGUUUGCUAAUAAGAAGGAGAACUCGCCUCUCAAGGCUAUCGAUUUUGGGUUGUCCAUAUUCUUCAAGCCAGGUGAGAGGUUCUCAGAAAUUGUUGGAAGUCCUUAUUAUAUGGCUCCAGAGGUGCUCAAGCGGAACUAUGGGCCAGAGAUAGAUAUAUGGAGUGCGGGAGUGAUUCUCUAUAUCUUAUUGUGUGGUGUUCCCCCAUUUUGGGCUGAAUCUGAACAAGGGGUUGCACAGGCCAUUCUUCGAGGGCUUAUAGAUUUCAAACGGGAACCUUGGCCCAGUAUUUCUGAAAGUGCUAAAAGUCUUGUUAGGCAAAUGUUAGAACCAGACCCUAAGCUUCGAUUAACUGCCAAACAAGUGCUCGAGCAUCCUUGGCUACAAAAUGCUAAAAAGGCUCCUAAUGUUCCUCUUGGAGAUGUUGUCAAGUCAAGGCUUAAGCAAUUUUCGAUGAUGAACAGAUUCAAAAGAAAAGCCCUUAGGGUCAUUGCUGAUUUCUUAUCUAAUGAAGAAGUUGAAGACAUUAAAGAUAUGUUCAAGAAAAUGGAUAGUGAUAAUGACGGUAUCGUUUCCAUUGAAGAAUUGAAAGCUGGAUUUCAAAAUUCUGGAUCCCAACUUGCUGAGUCUGAAGUUCAGAUGUUUAUUGAGGCUGUAGAUAAUAACGGGAAGGGAACACUUGACUACGGAGAAUUUGUUGCUGUUUCUCUUCAUUUAAAAAGGAUGGCUAACGAUGAGCAUCUUCGCAAGGCCUUCUCAUAUUUUGACAAGGAUGGGAAUGGAUAUAUUGAACCUGAAGAGCUACGAAAUGCCUUAAUGGAAGAUGGAGCAGACGACUGUACAGAUGUAGCAAAUGAUAUUUUCCAAGAAGUAGACACGGACAAGGAUGGACGUAUCAGCUAUGAUGAGUUUGUGGCUAUGAUGAAAACUGGAACAGAUUGGCGGAAAGCAUCUAGGCAUUACUCACGCGGUAGAUUCAACAGCUUGAGCUUGAAAUUGAUGAAAGACGGUUCUUUAAACAUAGGAAAUGAGCAGUUAUCUUGAGUAGUAGUUGUCUUAAGUAUCGGUGUGUGUCUUUCCCAUUUGUGUAAUAUUCCUCCUACAUUCUGGACUUGGCCUCGUUGUGAUGAUUAUUUGGUUCCUUGUUUGAUGGAGGUCCCUUUUUCACUUGGUAUUGUGAGAAUUGCCAAAGGAAUUAGAAUUAGUGCACCAAAAAUACAUGAAUGUCCUCUAUUAUUACUUUGUAAAACAUGGUGCCUUGGAGAGCAAAUGGGUGACCUGUAUGAAUGAUUCCACUAGAUUUUUCCACUCCUGCCUUCUGUUCUGGUUUGACAAUGUUGAAUCAAAACUGUUAAGUGCAGUCAGCUUGUUUAUCUAAAGUGAAAAUGUUUCCUAGUUUGUAUUCUCCACCCUGAUUUGAUCACUUUCCAUUGUAUUGGCAGAAAAUGAUUGUUUCAUUUAAGAUGAGUAAUGACAUAUCUUUCUAA